AUGGGUCGCGUCAUCAGAGGCCAGAGGAAGGGAGCAGGCGGUAUUUUCAAGUCUCACACUUCAAAACGGAAGGGCGCUGCGAAGCUCCGCGCACUCGAUUACUCUGAGAGUCAUGGAUACAUCCGUGGUGUUGUCAAAGACAUCAUCCAUGACCCUGGCCGAGGUGCUCCGCUAGCUAAAGUCGUCUUCCGCGAUCGAAUUCGCUACAAGAAGAACGUCGAGCUCUUCAUCGCCUCUGAGGGCAUGUAUACUGGCCAGUUCCUUUACUGCGGUCGGCGGGCAAACCUUACCAUUGGCAACGUCAUGCCGCUUUCUGAGAUGCCUGAAGGUACUAUUGUCUGCAACGUCGAGGCUAAGAAGGGCGAUCGCGGCAAGCUUGCCAGGGCUUCGGGCGAUUACGUCACCGUCAUCGGCCAUCUUGAAGGAAACAAGACCAGGAUCCGUCUGCCCUCGGGCAUGCGCAAGGUCGUCCCCAGCACGUGCCGCGCUAUGGUUGGAAUUGUUGCCGGUGGUGGCCGCACGGACAAGCCUUUGCUGAAGGCCGGUGCUGCGUACCACAAGUACCGAGUCAAGAGGAACUCAUGGCCUAAGGUUAGAGGUGUGGCCAUGAACCCCGUCGAGCAUCCUCAUGGUGGUGGUAACCAUCAGCAUGUCGGUCAUCCCACCACUGUGCGUCGCGAUGCACCGGCCGGGAAGAAGGUCGGUCUCAUUGCUGCCCGUCGUACUGGUCGUAUCCGUGGUGGAAAGCCAGCCAAGGAGUAGACUCGCCAUACUUUUACGAGCUGCACAGUUGCUAGUAAACACACUUGACUCGUGCAGAAUCUCUCCUUACUGCGAUCUCUCGAACGCGCUGCUACCGCGCUCUGGAAGAUCUCAUAGCGAACCUACCUAGCUGUGCUCUGUCCGGUACAUGUUGCACUUUUAUAUCAUUCCCUCGGUUGUGCGAUACGAGGGAAAUAUAAAGCUCAAUCGGUGGCGAUUUUCCACGAAAGCA